CCUAGCUUUCAAUAUGGCGGACAAAGUCAGAUGAGAACUUGAAAUCAAUAUACAGAACUUUUCAUAAAGCUAUGGCUAACGACAACUGUAUACCGCCAGUUAAGAGAACUGUGAUUGUUUUAGACCAUAGUCCUAAAUUCCUUGGGCUGUCCAAGCAGCAUAUUGAUUUUGAUAGCGGAAGUAAAAAGAGCAAGAGCAAAAGUUCUGGAAGUGGUGGUACGUCGCCUGUUUACAAGACUUCUUGGACAUGCAGCAUCGAGGCUGCGGUAGAAUACAGUAGAAUUGUAUAUGACAUAUUCCCCAAAGAAUAUCUGGUAAGUGCGUUUAGGGAUGCUUCAUAUUAGGUUAGUCAGGGUUAGUGCAUGUUCAGUAUAAAGUACAAAAAGAGCUGGAUGUAUAAGUUAUUUUAAAAAACGGUACGAUUUCCUCACAGCCUCAUACAUUUAUUAUGCAUGCUGAAAUCUCGUAUUAUUUCUCAGAAACACUUUAAAAUGAAUAGAGUCGAAACAUUAUACCUGCCAACUUUCACGCGUUAUACGUGAGUCUCACGCCUGCGGACUAAAGACAUCAAUCUCACGCAUCAAGGACAAUUUCUCACGCCUGACUCACAAAUCCAGACAAAUUGUUAUUUUUAAUACAUGAUUAAUAACGAAAAUUUACUGUGCUUUUCAUAAACACGCGAACUCUGAAGUUCAAAAACCAACAGUGACGUUUGCAUUUUUCACUGCCGUCAAUCAUCUUAACGGACCUCUUAGGAAACAGAACUUUGCUUAAACGGGUUCAUAAGGCCAAGGUUUGUGAUCUGUGAUUGGUGGAUUUUGAUCCGUUUUGUGUGUUUCUGUGUUUCAACGUUCAUUGCUUGUGAUCAUAAUUAUGAUUGACGGCAGCGAAAAUGCAAUUGUGAAGGCGGCUUUUGAAUUUUAGAGUUCGCAUGUUUGUGAAAAGCGCAGUAAUUCGAUUUGCACAAAAAUAUUCCAAAAAGGCUUUGAAUGAUGACCUUGUGUCCUAAUGAAAUCAAAACAUGCGAAAGUUGUCGACAUUUUUAGUGCUCAAAGGUUGGUGGAUCAUUUUUCGGGAAUUUUCGGUAAAGUUUAGAGGGCUUCAGAAAAUUAGCGGAAAUCCUUGCAAGAUGCUGGGACAUUUUUGAAAAUUGUGCGAACAUGGCAAGGCAAAAAUCUCACGCAUUUGACCCAGAAAAAGUUGGCAGCUAUAAAACAUGUGUGCAUAACUAAUGUAGGCGAUUUUUAAACGGAAGCAGCUGAAAAAUGGCAAUGCAUUUGGCAGUGACCAAUUUGUUUCCUUUCAAUCACAGCAUUAAUGGCAAGUAGUUAGGAAACCAGCCAGCAGAUGGCCUGGUCUUUUACUGUUCUGAACUCAACAACCAAUUAAAUAUAAGUGAUACUGAUGAUGGUGGCAUUUACUGUGAAACUCACAAAACCGUGAACACCAGAAAUAUUCAUGGAAUGUUAUUAUGUUGCGAAGAGAAAGCCAAUAAGGUGUGAGAAAUCAAGACCGCAAACAGCAACAGUAGUUAGUUUGUGGUUUUCAUGGUUUGCUCGCACUUCCUGAACUUUAUUGUGAUUGGUCACUACACAAUCAAUAUUGCUGAAAAUUUUCAGCCAUUCAUGGUUUUCUGAGUUUGAUAGUAAUAGUAAUAAUAAAAAUAAUUAUAAUAAAAUAUUUAAAAUGUUUAAUUUAAGGGGUAAGAUUUCCACUCAGCCCUCAGUUUUUGCCCCUGUAAAGAUUCCACUUUUAUUUACAAAGUGUUUUUAGUUAGUCAUAUUUUACAGCUAAUCCAAACAUUAAAACAUAAUGUGUUAAGAGAAGAAACAAAAUAAACUUCUCUUAGCUCAACUUUUUUUGAAUUCACCCUUUUGGUGACCUAAAAUAAUAACAUAAAAUGGUCACCAGAAAAAAAUUAUUACAACAAAGGAAACCUUGUGCAAUAUUACUUGAGAGGUUAAGAGAAUCAAAAUGGCCUCCAAACUAUCACAGCUGAAUUUUUCGAGAUCUGCCCAAUAUCUCAAGGCUAUUAAAAAUCCUAUGGUUUGGACACAUUACCACGAAACACAGGUCACAAGUCUCCAAAUUUCACUCCAAUUUUAUUUGUCAAUUUUUUUCUGCUUGCCAUGGCAACCAAAGCAGUUGUAGCUUGGAGUGUUGAAGAAGUUCAGUUAUCAAGAGAGCUAUGGUUAGGAGGAUGUUUAUAUGAGGUGGGAUUGUUAAAAAGGGGAACAGAGUUGUUCUAGAAUGCAGUUAUUGGCUAUGUAUACUGUUGUCUUCUCCCAAACCAUUCUUACCCCCCCCACAAUUAAAGACUGUAUGACAGGGUCUGUAUCUUGCAUAAAUGUUUGUUUCAUAGGUGAAGGUAGUUGUAUCUGAUGAAAAUGCUCAUGUGCUUAAUUCGUGGUCUCAUGAACAACAGUGUAUUCCUCAGGUCAGGUGAUUUCAAAUGGUCAUAAUAGAUUAUAAUAUUUAGUUAAUUAAUAUACUGAUAGAACAGUUAUAUCCUAACUUAUUUGAUUGAAUGAUGGUAUUAUUCAAGAUAAAGCUGUUACAUUUUGUCCAACCACUUAUGUAAUAUCAGUGACAGAAAAAUAUAACAACAAUAAUAAUUUCAAGGACAUACAUGUAAUGUUACAUGUGGAGGAAAACAUUUCAGUUUAAAAGAAUGGUGGUAGUGUACCAGAACUUGGCCUGUACUUUACCUGCAAAAUACAUGUAGAUCAUUUUGUUGCGGCAUAAUGUGACCUCCAGGAAAUUCCACAUAAUUCACUCCAAACUAUAUGCAACUCGUUAGAAGGCCUGAUCCUUUUUGUUGCUAAAACAAUUUACCAUUGGUACCCUAUUACUACAUAUGUAGCAGAAUCCUGAUUUUUCUCAAAUCCGUGAUUUUUCUAUCCUCUAGAUAGUUGGAACAAAAACUGACUAGCUUUCACCAGUUAUAUUACAAAAAUUUAUUGUAAUUUUGAACCUGCAAAAUUCCUGAUUAUUUCAAUCCAUUUUCUCUUCCCCAAGAAGGUCAAGAAACAGGAAUUCCGCUCACUGUAGUACUCCUUGAAAUGUAAUCUCAGUCGUACAUUGUGAUCAUGUGUAUGGAGCUUGCUCUGUGAAUUAUCUAGGCCUCUUAGUGAAGCUUGGAAAUAAAUAAAUAAAUAAGUAUAGGCUGAGUGUAAUAAAAUAUUAAAACUGAAUAUUUAUUUGACAGAUACUCAAAUCAUUUGCCAGCCUGGGACCACCUAAUGAGGACAGUGAAGAGGAAUGUUCUAUUAUGCAUGGGUUAACAAGUGCUGUGCAGUGUCUAAGUGAAGUAUUACCUCAAAAUUCCAAACAUAACCAAGCAAACAGAAAAAAUGCAGGAGAUGGCAGAAUAAUCUGCAUAACAAAUUUGAAAAGGUUGGUAAAAAGAUGAAGAUCUUCAUUAUGUUAGGUAAAAAGUUAAACUAACAACUUUCUAAACCAGUACCUCACAAAAAUAAUAUGAAGACAAAGGAGGUAAUUAUGCCGUGCUCAAAGUAAUAGCCAGUCAACAGAGAAUGUCCAGCCAAGAUGACUGUUUGGUCCAGAUAAACAUUUUUUUUAUUAUUAUAUCAGUGUAUAGGAUGUUAUUAUAAUUAUUUUUAUUAAAUUAUAAUAACUUUUUUUACAGUGAGGCCCAUAUUCAAACCCUUUUUGCUUGUGUGACUGAUGCUGUAAGACAGCAAGAAAGUGAAUCAAGUAACAGGUGAUGGAUAACAUAUAUUUUUUAAAUCAGUUUGCAGUGUACUUACUGACAAGGUUACUGACAAAAUUUGACAGAACAAAAAUGUCAGAGGGUGGCUUGUUCAGCAAAGACAGUAACUUUAAUUUAUCCUCAACCCCCUAAUAUUGGCUUGCCAGGGAUUUAACUGACAGUAUCUCACUGCUUAUCAGCUCUCAUCCUCUUAUGUACUACAUGUACCGUAUUAAUUCGGUAUACAGAUAAUACUCUUUUCCCAAGUUUAUCAUCUAGUAUGCAGUGAAACAUGCCAAAUUAUCUUCUUUUUUUAAGUUUGAAGCACACAGAUCUGAUUUUAGUUCAUGUUCCUUUGAGUGGAGACAGUGGAAAGGUCACAGAAAAAACAAUAAAGGUGAUAAAAACUGCUUGCUAAUUUUAGUGCUUAGGAAAUAAUCGUUUUGGGGUUCAUAGAUAUUUUCUUGAUUCUUUCACUAUGACAUCUGAGCCCAAGAAAAUGACAAGUCAGAUUUGUUUGAAAAAAAAUUCAAAGCACGACAUAUGUUCAGCCACAGCAUUUGUACCCAAGAGGUGUCUUUGUUUAUUAAAAGUAGCUUUCAUUUUUAUAUUAAUAUUAUUGUAACUAUUUCAAUCUUUCCAGUUUUGAAAAACCAUUUUCUCCAAUGCUCUGCUUUGCAUAAAGUUUCAUGUGAUCUGGUCAAAAUGUGUAUGAUCAGUUUACAUUGAAAGCGAGUUAAAAUGCGGGUGAUCCAAUUACAUUCCAUGCAUUCCAAUCAUUCUUGUUGGACGUCCAAAUGAAUUCUGGCUACAUAUGUGUCAUGUAUGUGUAAUAGCAGCAUGGAGAUUAGGAUUGCAGGUACCUCUAUUAAAUUGCCUGAAAGAAUUUUGUAUGACCUUAUGACCUUUUUUUAAUGAUCUAGCCAAAAGUUAACUAAGGUAACUCUGACAGAUUAAAAAAAUAAUGCAUUUGUACAUAUAAAAGUCAUUGUAUUGUUUAACAUGUCCCGGGGCAAAUUUUUACCUAUUGUUUAUACAACAUAGGAAAUGAUGUAAGAGAAUUUUGGUACAAUUUUGUCCACAGUCUCACAUGAAUAUUUCUUUCCUUUCCUCUGUCCCUCUUUGCUCUCAGAAAAAGACUUACAGGGGCGGAUCCAGGAUUUUUUUUAGGAGGGGGUGCACUCGUCCCUUGCUCUACUUCAACACCAAUAAAGCACAUAGUUUUUUUUGCAGAAUACCAGUAGUAUUAGAAAACCGCAGGUCAUCUCAGGGUGGGGGGGGGGGUGCGCACCCCCGGCACCCUCCCCCUAGAUCCGCCCCUGACUUAAAUGUACAUGUACUGUCAGACAUACUUGCAUAUAGUUUUUUUUACGUAAGGUUUAGAACUUGCUUUCUCCUCAUUUUCAGAGUUCUGCAAAUUUGACAGCAACAGUCUAUUCACACAAAGCUUCUCAGCUGGUCAGCAAGCUCAGUAAUAUGGCUCAGAAACACUUUAAUUUAAAAUCUACAACAGUCACAGGGAUUCCAAUGAAGGUGAUGGCAACAUUUUGUAAGCAUAGUAUGACCACCUAUUGUUGACUAAUACAGAGGUCUAAAUAACUUUUGAAGUACAGUAGGUGUUAGAGCUUGAGUGGCGGCUUGAGACAUUUUUACAAAAUGAAGUAAGAUGAAAAUAAUAAUUCCUGCUAGUCUACGGUUGAUGCAAGGUCUUAUCAAAAUGCCUGCUGACAUUAAUAAUGUAAAUUCUGUGUUUUAUAGGAAGAGCAACAUUCUGGUAGUUCAGCUAAUUAUGAUGUAGAAAUCCUUCACUCUGCUGAGGUGCAUAUGGAACAGACUGUCGCAAGUGAGAAUUUAGAAAUGACUUCAUCAUUGGUCAGGAAUGAUAUUACGCUCCUGGCCUUGGUUGUUCCAAAGAUGGAUAGCACUAUCAACUAGAUAAAUCACUAUCCAUUUCUUCUGUGUUGUUAUACCAUUGAUUCAUAUGAUACAAACUGGCAUCCGAUUUUGCUUUAUCAUAAUUUGUUUUAUUUUGUUCUAAAUUAUGUUCCAAUACAAUAUGAAAAUAUUUGACGCCCAAAAUAUUUAUUUUAGGCCUCUUGAUAUAUACCACACUUCUCAAAUUCAUUAAUGAUUCAUAAAGAAAAUACAUUGUUUAAUGAUGUUUUUGGAAAUUAGAUGAAAAACUGCUCAUUUUUGCAUCCUCAAUUUCUCCUUCUAAAAUCAUUUUGUUUGAGAAGUAAUAUCAAGCAUUCGACACAGUGCCUCAUAACCAGGUGAAACACCUCAACAUUCAUCAAAAAUACUCCACUGCACGUUGUAUUUUCAACUCUCCUCUCAGUGCUUCAUCUGGUGAUGAAACUUGAUAUAUCACUUCUACACUGUUAGCAUUAAUACAUCUCUGGUUCACUCGACAGAUACACCACCUGAAAAAAAACGCUUUCAUCUAAUUGACAGAAAGUUAAUCAAAGAGGUCUUGAGUUAACACUUGGACAUAAUAAGUGCAUUAAUAAGUUGUGUGUAUUUUUACUCAUGUAGACCUGUUCUGUGGUGAUGACAGUUUACCAACAAAAAAGGAUGGAGCAUCUUCAUCAAAGGACACUAUUCAUCUUAAGUGGUGCACACCAAAAACAACGUCUGCUCCAGGUCAGUCAGCUUCUAAAUUCGUUAAUCUAUGAACUGUGUUUCAAGGUAACCUAGGUCUAUUUCCCCACCAUUAACCCCAAUUUGAUGGGUUGAUGGAAUAAUGGCGGCCACUAUUAAGCAUCAGAGCAGCUUUGUUAUCUCUGCUCCUCACAGUACAUAUGAUUUCUAUCAAUAAUUUAAGCUCUUUUUGAAUAGCUAAAAUUCAACUUUAUAGCAAGUUGGUUGUCAUGUAGAGGAUCUCUCUCUUUUUCAAACUGUUUUUGAAAUCUGUUAUAUUAGAACUUGUGACAUUGACCUUCCCUGAUUAGCCUAGCUACCUGCAGGUCAGUAAGAUUGUAAACAGAUGGUUAUAUAUAACAAUUUGAAACUUUCACUUCUCACCAUUGUGGCCAGGGUUCAAGUACCAGAAGUACGGUCAUACAUGAGUUGAGUUUGGUGAAGGUUCUUGUUGGUGCCUCAGGAGAUUUCCCUCUGGGCACUCCACCAUGUAGAUUUGCUAUCUCCUUAGUCAUCAUCAUUGUCAUCAUUAUCUUUAUUAUCAUCAAAAUGAGCCUAUAAAUUAAUAUACUUUUCCACUAAUGCUGAUAUUUUCUUUGUCAUUCCAGAACUUCAAGCAUGCACUGGAUGUUAUAGAAUCACCCCAGUUGAGGUACGGUACAACUGUAUGUAACAAUUUGUAAAUUUAUUUAAUUUAUGCAGCUACUAAAGUUAAUCUUGUGCACCACUUGUGGUGUCUUUAACUGUGAUAAUCUUUUCUGUAUUUAUUUCUUCUUCUCGCAGUUCAAAAAUAUGAAAUUCAUAUUUAUCAUCAUUUCAUAAAAGUUAUUGAUUGAUUGAUUGUUUAAGACAAUUUCAUUUUUCAUCAGGUGAAUAGCAGACCUACAGCAUGCCUGAUAUCUUUUCUCCUUCAAGGUAAAGGAAUUAUGUUUUUAUUAACUUUGCUUAGAACUCUAUAUGAAGAGUAGACUUGUACGUUUCCAAACCAGCUAGGCUAUGUAGCAUAUGCAACAAUGUGGAAUGGAGUCUUUUUUGAUAAAGGUUCUUGGUUAAAUCUGGAGACUAAUAGCUACUACUCAAACGAUUUUAACGGUUUCUUAAAACAAAUUAUAGUGGCUGGUGAUGUGGUCUCUGAUGCAUUAAAAGCCAAACUGGAAAUUUAAAGUUUUGAUCAGUGGUUGUGAUACUACAUGUUUAGACGACACUCUAGACAAAAUGAAGGAAUAACAGGAACCUCUGAAGAUCAUGAUCUGCAAACCUCUGCUGGUGAAUCCUGCAUGUGCCAUAACAGGAGAAAGGUCCUUGCCAACGGCUGAAGAUUUAGCUUCAGUAAUCUGACAAAUCUAAACAGCCACAAAGAGACAACAGAUAAAUUUGCCUUGCUGACGUAGCAAAUACAUUUGCUGUUCGUAACUAUAAUUGUAAAAUAAUUUGGAUAUAGUAAGAGUCCGGGCCUGCAAGUUCAAAAGAGGUGGUCACAGGCCCCCGCACUUUAAAACUGUUUUGCAGGCCCUGAUCUGUCAUCCCAGUACCUAGUGUAGGUAGUAAAUUUGUUGAUGACAAAUAUGUACACACUGAAGAGUUCUUGUCAUUGAUUUUUUGACAUUAUAGCUUUGGUAAAAUAAUAAUCUAGUAUCAUUUAAUGUGUAUUACAUAUACAGUCUCCCAUCUUCUUUUGCUUACUUUUAGGUCGACAGGUCAUGUUAGAACAGCCCAGAAAGUCUGGUGGAAAACUAGUUUCUCAUAUUUUAGCAAGUCAUGGAGGUGAUUCUGAUUUUUUGUAGGGGUAACUCUGCUCAGAUUAAUUAACCCGACUACAAUUUAUCUUGUAUUAUAUUUUUAGGUGACAUUUUCAUUCACUGUUUAGCAAAUUUUCGACCUCCGAUGGAAGAUCCCCCUUCCAUCAGUGAAGGUUGUGGGGGCCGUGUCACAGACUACAGAAUUAACGUAAGUUGGAGUCGUAGAAUUUAGUCACUUUCAUUUCAUUCAUUCAUGAGCCUGUUCUGGGCAUUCCGUUAGUAGAGUGCGGCGGUCAGAUGUUGGGGAGCGAGUUGAAUUGUACACUGGGAGAACGAGAGAAAAAAAUCCGCUCAGUUUUUUUCUUUGUCACUCUACUAUCUGAACGCCUGGAACAGGCUAGUCAUUCAUUCAUUUAUUUGCAUAGGUUAUAAUAGCAUGAUUUGUAGUGAUAUUUGGCAUAAAUACCACGAGGGAUAUUUUGGAAUUGUUAUACGUAAUUUCACAAGCCGUUAGGCGAGUGAAAUUUUAGACAAUUUUGAAAUAUCACGAGUUGUAUUUAUGCCAAAUAUCACGUACAAAUCAUGCUAUUAUUUGUUUAUACCACUACCUGCAAAAGAUUUGUAAUUUUCACACAGAGGUAUUUCAAAUUAAGCUGCAAAAACCACUGCUCUAAGCCAAUCAAAUUGCAGAAAUUUUUCAUGUAGUAGUAUAUAAUGCUAUUAACCAUUAAGUGUAAUUAUUUAUAAUUUACAAAACAAUAAAUUAAAAAUAUAUAUAUAUAUAUAUAUUAAAGAGGAGAGUCAUUAUUCUAUUUUACAAAUCUUUGAUAUGUUUAUGGCAAAGAAACCUAUAUAGAAGCCAGGGGCUUAUGAACAAUAAUCUUCCUGAAAAUGUGGGAUACACCAUGUUGAUUAAGGGUACUGAAUGAAACAAAAAAUGAUUUAUAAAAAAAUUGAAGAAAAAAAAGAAAAGAAAAAGUAUGUUGCUCAAAAAGAGUACAACUGAGUAAGAAAGAAGGAACUGUUUUUGUAUUUUGUUAAGGGAAGUGAUCAUUCAAAUAUCAUUUUUUCUGAGGGUCUUUUAUGUCUCCUCUGUAUUAUAAUAAAACUACUUUUCCAGUCCAGGCAAAUGACUUAAGCAAAGAUUGGAAACUAAGGUGGUUGCAUUAUUAUUUUGUUUCCUUAACAAAUAUAUAUAUUAAAUAGAUAAUAACUCAACUAUGAUGUUGAAUGUGUGUCGUUUGGUUUAAUAACGAUUUACUUGUAGCUUUUUUUGUUCUGUACAAUUUGACCAACAGGAUUUUGGUGAAUUUAUGAAAGCCAACAGGCUUGCACCAUGUUCUUGGAAUAAAAAGAAGGGAAAAUCUCCCUUGGAAAAAGGUACAGACAUAACAUAAGUCUUCUUUACUUUAAAUAAGAUUCUUGUAUGUUAUUGUUAGGCUUAACAUCAAAAAAUAAUAUGAAAAGGUUUUCUGUACCCAAGGCAAAGUAAUACUCAGUAAAGUAACGAAAGUUUAGUUUUAAAAUUUUGACAUGCAAUCAUUUUUGAAGGUUUUAACAACUGUAAGAAAAUUCUGUGUUUCACUCUCAUACAUCUUUUGGUCAACAAAAAACUGUUGUACAUCACACAGCUCCCGAGAAUGACACUGUUGACCAUUUAAGGGCAUGAACGAACAGUAACGUUUAAGAAAAAAAAACGGUUUUUUUCGCAGGCCUUUCAAGAUUAGAGCGCUGCACAAGGUACUGGCCCCUGGUGAUCAGUGAAACAAUACUUUGCAACGUUAAGCAGGUUUGUGAAAUACUGUUGUACUGAAAUAGCGGAUAUCUACUCCUCCAUGUAGUAUUUUGUGUCUAGAUUUGCUGAGGGUUAUUUGGGAUAUUCUUUGGAGAAUUGUACACCUUACGGUUUUGUAUAUUGGGUGGUGACAUUAAGCCGCUGAUCUUGACCUUUAUCCAUCUUUCAUUAGUUAACUAGAAGGGGAUGUAAAAGAUCCCACACUACUGUUUGAAAAGAGAAGAGGAAUUUUCACGGUGGUUUCUACAUCUGUUAUUACUUCACUUAUCACACACACAUAUCACACAGUAAGCUCACAAAUGGACCAAUAUUGGCAGCCAAUGGCUCUUUUGUAUGCCAAUGUCCAAUUUUGUUGUAUAAAGCAGAGAAUACUGUCAACUGAUCCUCGACGUUACGUUACCGUCAACUUUGCUUGUUAUUCACAAGCUUCACCACUCAGAAUGUAUAUUUUUGCCUCCAAACAGCUGUUAGAACCCCUCCCCACCCUGCUGAUGAAAGAGACUCUUACAGAGGACGAAAUGCUGGAGUGUAAAAGGGUAAGAACUUUCAAAACAGUUAUUGUGAUAACUCCCAGUAACAAACUAAGUCUCUGAGCCUAGCUGUACAUUUCCAAGUUGAUCCCAAUAAAUGACUCAUCGCUCGGUGACUUCAGAUCAAAAUCCAGUUCUUAUAAGAGCAUUGGAUGGGAUUGGCUCUCGAGGGGAUAGGGUUUCUUAGACAGUUUCAAAGGAAAGCAUGAGUAAGUUUAUUGAAGUUAAGGCUGUCAUACUUUAGUAUCAUUUUGCAUUGUUUUCUAUGUUUUCUUCAGGUAAUUUACAAAGUUCAGGCCAUGGAGAGUAGAUAUGAUCCUCUUCCUGUCUCCAUGACAGGAAUCAGGGGCAAAGGACCAAAGAGGUAAAAGCUUUUCAAGGCUGGAAAUUAAACUUAAUUUGAAGCGAAAAGAAAAAAAAAAUAAGGCACUGAAAAAUAAAUGGUUUAUUCACUUCAGCAACUCCGCCCUUCUGCUUAGGCAAAAAGGCUGUGUCCAGGUCAUUGCACAUGAUGGUCAUUCUGGGGUACCGUGCUCUGGCACUGAAACGAUGGUGGUUGACACUGAGUGCCGUUAAAGUUUACAUUCCCUGGUUGGAGCACUGUGCCUACUAAAGCUUUUUCCCUUUAUUUAAAUGUUUACCCUGGUUUCCAGGCCCAUGUUCAACAGGCGGAGGGUCUUUUCGGGAAAGGUUCCUAAAAAUAAGCGCGGAAAAUGACAAAAAGAAUUGUUUCCGUGUGCCAUGGAGUCGCUCUAAAUCUGGCAAUUAAUUGUGGACGCGGCCUAAGUUGUUGUUAGAGUCGGACAGGGUUUUGAAAGUCAUGAGUUUUGAUUCCAAUCUUUGUUGUUGUUUGAUUGUUUGUUUGUUUGUUCAGGGAAGAGCAGUAUCGUCAAGUGUGGGCCGAGUUAGACACCUUUCUUGAAGCUGCUAGCAGAACAUCCAAGAUGCAUGAAAAGGUAACCAUAACUGCAUACAUUGUCAACUGUCUCUAAAACGGACAAUGCUGGACUAUCGGUAUGAUUUUGAAAUCGGUUCUUCAUUCACUUUGAAGGCUAUGAUACUUUUUUGCUAAUCUUACCAGAUAUUUGCUGGGAAUACUACUGCACUGGACUUACAUCUUUCACAAUUUUCAGGUACUGGAGUGUUUGCGAGGCACAAGCCCUUCAAGCAGUGCCACAGGGAGCCCAAGGAGAGAGACACCCACGGAUGAAAUUGAAAGUGGGUUGUCAAUUGACAUCGAAAGUCUUCAUCUUUACAUUUCUUAAUCCCUGAUUGGGAACAGUGCACUUCAUAUUAUAAUUUCCCUUCUUUUAUCUUGUACAGAGGUAGGAGUCACUAAAUCCAGUCUCUCCGAAGUGACCCUGUCCUGGCAUGAGAUUGACAGGUCAGCUUGCGAAGUGUGAAAUGAUUUCUUUUAGAAACUUUUUUGGUAGAGCACUAGUUAAUAUGUGGACAGCAAGUCACUUUAACGUGUCUAAAGAUCUAUAAAGAUCUCACUUUGAGCGAAAGAGAUUCAUUUUCUUUUCUUUACUUUUACUUUUAGUUUAUGAAGUACACUUAAUACUUCAUAUCUAAAACAGCUUUUUUGUCACUGUAUUUCUUCUACUCGUAUUCUUGUUUUGGGUCACCUACGCGGUUAGUUCUACGAACUAUUUAGAUGUCCCGAACUCUGGACAAUCAACCUAAAAUUGAAAUAAUUUCCUUUCCUUUUUCACAUUUUGUAGUCCUAUUUUUCAAACCAGCAAAUUGUAAAUAGUACUAAUAUUCUGUGUGAGUUAAAUAAAAAUUGACUUGACUUAACUAACACUGUUUUAUAUCACCAGAUACCAGAGCAUGACUGAAAGAGAAAAAACGGAUUUUAACCGCGGUGAUACCAACAAUGAUCAUAUGUUUAAAAGAGGUUUGGGUACAGCGGUCUCAGAGCAGGCGCACAAGAAAUUUCGUGGAGAUAAUCAACCAGGAUUCAAUAAACAGACAGGGAGAGGUGAGGAAAUAAAGAAGACUAAGCUUAACUAAUUUUAGAAUUCAUUCACUGACUGACUGCCUAAAUUACGACUCAGUAAUGUGUGACUGACUCAUUGAUCGAAUAUGAAAUUGAUUGAUUAUAGGCGCUGCAACCUCACUGUUGUCAAUGUGGAAAAAUAAGAUGAACGCAAUCGCUGCUUCGCGGCACGAAGAAUUUGCUGGCAGGCUGCAGUCAACAGGAAACAAAGCCGAAUUGUACUCAACCCCCGUCGAUACGGGAAGCAACAGCAGGUGAAAAUGCGCGGGAAAAAACUGAGACUGGUGCCACUGAAGCCCAAGUCAAUAAUUUUUUUUUCAUUCAUUCAAACUAUUUCUAAGCGCAACCUUACCUUCUCGUAGACUUUCUUCAAAACGUUUAGUAGAUGACAUCCAUCUAGCAAUUUUUUUUUGCUUAUUAGUGUAUUUUUUCUGUUCAGUUUUAGUCAGUUAUUCGCCCACUUCGUCUUGAAAUAACUGUGAACUUAUUUUCACUCAUGCUAAAACAGCUAGGCUCCUGCGCCGCUACCAGGAAACGAGGUUGCGAUUGUAUAUCGGGACAAUGUACCAUUGUACCGAUGGCAAAUUGCUCGCAUUUUUCAAAUUUGGUCAGCGCCAGCAGGCUAUUUAACAAUUAUUCCUCGAGCCUGAAUGGGCUCUGAGUCAAUAGCCCAUGAGGCCGAGGGCCGAAUGGGCUAUUGACUGAGAGGCCAUGAGGGCGAGAGGAAUAAUUGUUUUAGUAAAAUCCUGCUAGUCGGUCAAAAAUAUCGAGACCAAAAAACUUUAGUAAACUUUAGCUAGUUAUUGCUAGACUUUAAUCCUUUUUUUGCCGCCAGAAAGCCGGCGCUUUUCGCUACUAGUGGGCUAUAACAUAUCAGUAGCCUAGUAGCAACUCAACCAAUAAGAACGCAGCAUUGAUAAUAGACCACUAGCUGGGAUUAAAGCCAAUUUAAAAACUGCGAAAUAUUAUAAAUGAAUGAUAAAGGAAGUUAACUGAAACUUUGUUAGUCUAUGUAAUCUAAACCAAUCCAAACCAGAGAUAGCAUUAAGUAACAUAGCCCGGCUGAUGGUGAUGCUAAUGUUUAUUGUCUUGUUGAUUUUCAGUGGAAGAGGAACUCCCGUUGAAGAAUGGUUAUAGAACCUGCCCAGACGUAUGUACCGUACACAAAGAGUAAAGCCUUACACACUUCAUUUCCCUCCUCUGUUGAUUAUGGGAUUUCUUAUCAAGUGCAUCAAAGGCCGGAAAUCUUUUAUUGAGGCAUAAAAUGCUCAC